ACCCGACAUCAGCUCUGUGGAUAAAAAGAAGAAAAUUCUCUCGAGAAACCCCAAUUGAUUUGAACUUUGAAGUAUGAUUUCGACGUUAACAAGCCAAUCCAACCCGCCUUGAUAUAAAACAAUAUCCUCAUCAACAUCGCGUCCUCGAUUUUUCUUGGCCUGAUCACACGCUUCUCUACACUGGAAGUCACCAUGAACGCUCUCUCCCCACUUCUGGUCGCUCACCUCCUUGCCGCCGCCGUCGCCGUCGCCGCAGGCAUCGACGCCUACCCGACCAUCGCCAGCGUCGGCGACUGCUCGGUGUCCGACGGUGGCGGGGAGCUCAAGCCCAUUCGUCGCGAAGUUUAUGAUGGCGGGAGGAUCUUCGAUAUCAGCCAUAGAAUCAUUAGUGAGAUGCCGUCAUGGGGAUCGGAAGAUGGGUUGGGUCAGUUUCUGCGGCUCGCGGCGAGUAUGAAGAAUGGGUCCUUAGCGAACAACUCGGAGAUGAAGUUGCCCGCUCACACGGGGACUCACGUGGAUGCUCCGGGUCACGUCUUUGAUCAUUACUUCGACGCUGGUUUUGAUGUGGACACGCUUGAUUUGGCAGUCCUCAAUGGUCCGGCUUUGUUGGUUGAUGUGCCGAGGGAUAAGAAUCUCACAGCUGAAGUAAUGGAGUCUCUACAUAUUCCCAAGGGUGUGAGACGGGUGUUGUUCAGAACCCUAAAUACUGACAGACAGCUUAUGUACAAAAAGGAGUUCGACACAAGCUAUGUGGGAUUCAUGAGAGAUGGAGCAAAAUGGUUGGUAGAGAACACAGACAUUAAACUUGUCGGAAUUGAUUACCUGUCUGUUGCUGCAUACGAUGAUUUGAUUCCAUCCCAUCUUGUCUUCCUUGAAAGCCGGGAAAUUAUUCUUGUCGAGGGCUUGAAACUCGAAGAUGUCCCUGCAGGAGUAUAUACUGUUCAUUGUCUGCCUUUGAGAUUGCUUGGUGCAGAAGGAUCACCUAUAAGAUGCAUCCUCAUCAAAUAACUUCUAUGAGAGAGUAGGAAGCAAUCCAAAGCGCCAGGUGAGAUGAGGCCAGGUGAGAUGAGGCAUUGCAUGCACGUUCGCCUCGGAAUUCAGAUGUACUUUGACGAGAAAGAUUUGCGGAGAAUGUGGAACUUUAGCGGUCAUGUGAAUAUGUUCAAACUAUAACCAUAAGCGAAACAGAGGUUACGUUUAUGUUUACAAGAAUAAUGUCAUGUUUCCAAAAUGAGACUCGUCGGGAUUGUUUCUCAUGUUUUCUGUAUUUCGGUUACUAAAGAGCUGCUGCGUGUUUGAGUUCA